GUGGCCUCCGGGAAAGAGCGCGGAUUGCGCUGUUUUGAGCCGACUUUGGGGUAAAAGAAAAGCAAAGGGGGAAUUUGGGGGGUCAGAAGCGCCAAAUCGGGACCGGAAGUGGCGGCAUGGAGCCGGAAGCGGAGCUGAUGGCCCCUCUCCCCAUAGCCCCGCAGUGGCCCCGCCCCCUUUUGGACAAGCUUCGCCUCCACCCCGGGCUCAGCCAAUUAGCAGCGGCGCUGGAGGAGAACGGACCAAUCCCGGCGCAGAGGCGGGACUUGCGGCAGGCGGAGGCGGGGCUUGCGCGGAGCCGAGCCGCCUGGUUGGCUCAGGAGGCGCUGUGGGCGGGGCUACAGGAGCUGCUGCGGAAGCCCCGCCCCCCCGGGGCCACCCAGCCUCUGGCCGCCGUGGAAGAAGCGCUCUCAUUGGCUGAGCUGCGCCGCACUGUGCCGGGAUUGGCCGACCUUAUGCCCCACCCGCCCCUCCCAUUGGCUGUUCGGCGGCCAUUGCUGGAGCUGCUGGAGGCCCAAAUGGGGCUGAAGGUGGCGGAGCUGCAGCACUACAGCCACGGGGUCAGCAAUGGGGCCGGCUGUGGGGUCGGCCAUGGGGCCGGCAGCGUGAGGGAGGAGCUGCUGCAGGAGCAGUGCAGGCUGAGGAGGCUGAAGGAGAGGAGGUGGCAGCUGCUGGUGCUGCUGGAGAGGAACUGCAGGGGGUGUGUGCAGGCGCAGCUGCGCUGCUCGGUGCUGUUGGGGCAGCUGAAGGCCCUGCAGGCCCAGCAGGCCGAGGUGGAGCGGUGCAGGGGGCGCUACCUGCAGGCCAAGGCGGCGGCCAUGCUGCUCAAGGCGCGGUUGGAGGAGCUGACGCUGCUGGCGGAGACGUACAGCCCGGAGCACCUGGAGGCACACAGCAGGAUCAGGUCACACCUGCAGGCGGCUCUCAGCCGCACCCAGACGGAGCUGGAGGGACUGCGGGAGGCUCUGGGGACAUUGGUGGCCAUCGGACCCCAUUUGGUGGCCACGGCCGAGGAGUACCGCCAGCUGAGGGACGACAUCCGGCACCGGCAGUGGGCGCUGCAGCACCUGGGGGGACGGGGGGACAUCAAUGGGGCAGCGCAGGGACAGCCAUAGGGCACCGGAACCUCCCGGCAAUGGGAUCAACCCCCAUGGGCUACUCCCAUUGGCUCCGCCCACAAAUGAAGGCUUCCCAUUGGCUCCUGUGAUGGGUUGGGCCCACCCAUUUUUCCCAUUGGCUCCUCCCAUUGUAAGGACCCGCCCACUCUCCUCACUGGCUCCUCCCAUUGGUGGAGUCUACCUAUUGGCUCCUCCCAAAGCUUGUGCCCACCCAUCCUGUCCAUUGACUCCUCCCAUUGGUUGGUUCCCCUUUUGUUUCCAGCCCAAGGACCCGCCCACUUCCCUCAUUGGCUCCUCCCAUUGUUUGCACCCGCCCACUAUCCCCAUUGGCUCCACCCAUAGUUAGGGCCCGCCCACUUUCCCCAUUGGCUCCUCCCAUUGGUGGGAUCCCACAGUUGGCUUCUCCCAUUGGUGGGAGCCAUGGGACAUUGCAGGGUCAGCCAUGGGACCAAGGGGUGAGGAUAGGAGGGGGUAAUGGCAGCCUCUGGUUGCCAUGGUGAUGGUUGCCAUGGUGACGGUUGCCAAGGUGAUGGUUGCCAUGGUGAUGGUUGCUCCCAGAUCUUACCCCAAAUAGUGCCUUCUUCCCUAAUAAAAACCAAUGUUUUCCCCCAAAA